GGUUAAAGUUUAAUAGCCUUGCAUGUCUUUGAAGGAGGAAGGCAAAGUCCAGCCAAUGCAGUGAAGAUGAACUGGAAGAUGUGAGGCGUCUCACAGAGCUGUGAAGUCACUCCAAACUUUCCAUACCUCUGGACAGACGCUCUGUGGGAACUUUCACGCGCUGAGGCGGCUGCGUCGUGCCGUCGGCUGCUUACUUUGUUGCCGGGACUUUAUGCUUCUUCAAGCGCCAGGUGCUGUAACCUUGCUGUCUCUGAAAUGGGUCUACAGGGCUGCAUCUGUUUCUGCUGAAGCUGCGUGGAGAAAUCCUAAAGCAUCUUGCAUGAAGAUUCCAGCUCUGCUGGGGGUACUUACAGCUUCUGGGACAUUCGGCCACACCCAGGAAAAUGUCCAGCACCUACGACGAGUCCGCUGGCUUCGAUGAGACCACAGACAGCUUCUGGGAGGUGGGCAACUACAAGCGCACCGUGAAGCGGAUCGAUGACGGACACCGGCUGUGCAAUGACCUGAUGAGCUGCCUGCAGGAGCGGGCCAAGAUUGAGAAGAGCUACAGCCAGCAGCUGAUCGACUGGUCCAAGCGGUGGAGACAGCUGAUUGAGAAAGGACCUCAGUACGGCACGGUAGAGCGGGCCUGGCUGGCGCUGAUGGCGGAGGCAGACAAGGUUAGCGAAUUGCACCAGGAGGUGAAGAACGGGCUGCUCAAUGAAGAUCUGGAGAAGGUCAGGAACUGGCAGAAGGAUGCCUAUCACAAGCAGAUUAUGGGUGGCUUCAAGGAAACCAAGGAGGCAGAAGAGGGCUUCAAGAAGGCCCAGAAACCCUGGGCCAAGAAGCUCAAAGAGGUGGAGACAGCUAAGAAAGUGUAUCACAUGGCCUGCAAAGAGGAGAAACUGGCCUCCGCCCGCGAGGCCAACAGCAAAGCCGAGGCCUCCGUCACCCCCGACCAGCAGAAGAAGCUGCAUGAGAAGGUGGACAAGUGCAAGCAGGAUGUGCAGAAGGCCAAAGAGAAGUAUGAGAAGUCCCUGGAGGAGCUGGACAAGUGCACCCCCCAGUACAUGGAGAGCAUGGAGCAGGUGUUUGACCUCUGUCAGCAGAUGGAGGUCAAGAGGAUCACCUUCCUCAAAGAGAUCCUGCUAGACAUCAAGCGCCACCUCAACCUCACUGAGAGCCAGUGCUACAGCAUGGUGUACCGCGAUUUGGAGAGGACCAUCCUGGCUGCCAACACGCAGGAGGACCUCAAGUGGUUCAGCAACAACCACGGGCCGGGAAUGCCCAUGAACUGGCCCCAGUUUGAGGACUACAACCCAGAGCUCACUCACACCAUUGCCAAGAAGGUGAAGAAGCCCAACGAGGGGGUGACACUCACCAGCAUAACGCCCGGGGGGGACCAGGGGGUGGGCGACCGUGGCAGCGUGAGCAGUUACGACAAGAACCAGGCGAGCCAGGCGGAUUGGUCCGACGACGAGCAGCCCACCGGCCACUCAGCCAACGACGGCAACGAUGGUGCCAGCUACCACGAUGAAGAUGCAGGGGGUGGCAGCAGGGGCCGGGCGGUGCGCGUGCGGGCGCUCUACGACUAUGACGGCCAGGAGCAGGACGAGCUGACCUUCAAAGCCGGUGAGGAGUUCACCAGGAUCGAGGACGAGGACGAUCAGGGCUGGUGUAAAGGUCGCCUGGAAAGUGGCAAGACGGGCUUGUACCCAGCCAAUUACGUGGAGCCCAUCUAGCUUCCUGUGUGGAGGAGGACACCUGAUUGGAGGCAGCUGAGACUGUGUGGUCCAGUCAUAGCCAGGGACUGAGCAGCAACAUUUCCUCCUACCUGACAAAAGCUCCAAGCCGACAUAAUCAAUCACAACAUUAGUAAUUAAAAAAAGAUCUACUCUACUUUUCCUGUAUCAGCGACGCUUUGCGGGGGGGGGGGGGGGGGGGGAGUUGGAGGGCUUGUACAAGUAUUUAAUCGACCACUUGUGAAUAUCAAAGCAAACACAAGGACUUGGUUUUGCAUCUUUGUGUAGCCGUGAUCGAUACGAGUUUUGUGCAGCUGUGCGUCCUGCUGUAAUGUAUCAUGUACACAGUGUCACCUGUUUCCACGGCGAUGUGUGACUCCUGCAUGGGUCAUCCUGCCAAGCUGCACUUCCUUCCUGUCACAUGGUUUCCCUCCCAUUAGCAUUGCAGCGUGCGCCAAGUGGGGGGCAAGGGCCUUAUCCUUCCUGGGGGGUGUGUUUGACCGUGGCUUGUCUGUCCUGGUUCCCAAGCGCACCUUACAGAGAUGGCACACAGCCC